CAUACAUUGUAGCGUUGUGGUUGUUUGGAGUGAAUUGUAUUGUGUUUACUAUUUGCUUAACAAUUGUUGGAUAAGGAUAAGUAUUGUGCAGAUUAUGGCGUGAAUAACUGGAUACGAGCAAAAAGCCUGUAGUAUAUGCCUUUAUAUAUUUCAUAUAUUAGUAGGCAUAAUUUCUCUGUAUUUUCAUCAGGUAAAUAACGAAUACAAUUAAUACGUGUUUAAAAUAGUGCUAAAUUAACGAAUGAUGGCAGAGGAGAAAACGGACGCACCACCAACAAUCGCAGUAACUAGCAGUAAUGUAACGAUUACGACCGUACCUGAGAAUGGACACGAUGGGGCUAGGCCGGAUGUUAGUGGGCCCUUAAUCAUUCCGGACAAUAACAUGGUUAGCAUUGCUUUAAUGUCGGAUUUUUUAAGACAGCCUCCUUCUAAUUUCCGUGUGAAAGGUGUUACAAGUAACGGACAACCCGGCGCCACUACUGCUGGAGAUCAAGUUCUAACGCACGACAGGGAUGAAAUAAAUGUAUGUGUGCGUCUUGAAGAAAAUGCAAGGAAAUUUGAAAAUAAUAUGGGCGGGUUCUUCCCUGUUUUAACCGAGUCGGCCUUGGAAGCUAUUUCUCGGACUUUGUGCAACAGGCCAAUAUUACUAGACAUCCGACUGAGACAGAAAACCAAGUACAACACUAACACGGUGGUCAUUAUUCAUGAUGACUUUGCAGUUAUUGUGAAUACACAGCAUGAACGAAUUAAACAACAGCUAGCGAAUGCUUUCGAAGAAGCUAAAUCAUGUGCAAAAGUGGGACGAAAGUUUGUUCUUACGCUUGACUUUGGACCGCUUCUCAAGGAUUGGCUCAACACGUUUCUGGUACAACAGGGUCUACAAGAAUACGAAUGGUACUCGAAAACGGAAUCAAAAAAUGGACGAAUAGUAAUAACAAACCACUAUGAGUUACCAGAACAUUGUACUGGGUCACGUGACAAUAUUCUGAUGUGGCUUUUAUGUUUUCCCUGUUGUUUUCUCUCCUGUCCAUGCUACAAUAUGUACCGUGCGGUUACAUGUUAUGAUAGGAAGAUUCGGUUUAUUGCACAAGUAUCUCUGAUGCAUAAAGAGGGUACUAGCCUAGCAGACACAAAAACAGAAUUGGUCGCCAUAAUUCAUCGAGAUUCGGCAAGAUUCGGAGCUUCCUGGAUACGAAGCUAUCAUCGAUUCCGGCGCAUGCUCACUAAUUUUUCAAACGGCAGCUGUACGUCGUAGAAGAAAUUGUGUGUUGAUUGAAAAUGAGAAUUAUAUUUCACAUAUUUUUAUUUUCAUAAACUUAAAUAUUGAAUAUUCUUUUAAUAUUUAAUAGUGUAUAUAGAAAAUAUUUUUUGUAAUUAGCCAUAUUUCACAGCAAUCCAAAUGUAGGGCCUAUUGAUUAGGUUAUGCCACAACAUGUAAUUUACAACGCAUUUUACAUUUAUUCUCUUGUACAUUAGUAAGAUUGUUAUUUAUGGUUGGGAUAGAGACCAUUAUAUGCACUCUACUAGUUCCAUAACAAUUUCCAUUAAUAUUACCAUAUAUUAAUAACGUUGUUGAUUAAAAACGCUAAUCCAAUUAUUUUUUUUUUCCUAUUCGGUAAGUGAGGUAAUAAGACAAGUUUAAUGUCACUGGAAUUAUGCCCAUGCAAAGUUUUAGUCGCUUGUCGACAUUAUAUUUUUUUUGUUGUUUAAUCGGUCUUCUAUUUUCGACGCCUGAGAAUAGUACUGUAUUCCUAUUUUAAAAUGUCCAGAGGACCCUGACUGAAUAACACUUAACUACGGGGAUGUAGCAAUACAGCAAUUAACACAUAUUAUACAAUAAGCUAAAUUAUAUAUUUUAAAGCCAAUUUAUGAUUUAGAAGUCAGGACAUGCGUUCAGGGAGAUGUUGUAAUUUUGUUGUUUUGCUCUUUGCAUUUUUAAGGUAUCAAUUGUAUUUAUAGACUUUUUCUUUUUAAAUCUUAUACCUGUUCACUUCUUAUAAAAUGCACCUUGAAAAUUAUAAAUUUAUUUGGGUGAAGGUUGUAAAUAUUUUACUAAUAAACACUUUUUAUAUAAAUCAAAUUAGUUAAAAAACGUCUAUAGAAUUGUCACAUACUAUUGUAUAUGGAAUUAAAUAUUAAUAUAUUUCUCUGUGGUUUCAUAA